ACUCGGCCAGGGUCUCCAGGCUACGUCCCUGCAAGGUCCCCCCGGCCCCGUUCUCCACGGGCCCCAGUCUCCACUGGCUGCCACCGCGGGUAACGGUACAAGCUCAUUACUGCUCCUGACUCCUGUCACCGGUCCCCGGAGCUCGUCGUGAACACAGAGGAUAAAAUCAGUCUGGCUCCUGGCCCGUUGGUCUUGAGAGUCAUCCGCCUCCCAGCAUGGAGAACUGGGGGCCGUGGUUGUGGCUGUUGGAAUCAGGGCCACAAGGAGCCUGAAGCUUCUCCUUUGCCCACCGCCCCCUGUUGCUCUUGUCUUAUUUGUCAUUGCCCUUAUGUUUCCGUCGCCAGCCCUCUGCCAAAUUAUGCUUAGAUGGAGAGCCUUGCAGGGACCGUAUCUAAUUCUCCCCUGGGUAAUUUUCCCAGUACUUAGUGCAGUGCUUUGCCCCGCUGUUACUCCUUACUCAGUUGCUGGAGGAGGAGGGAACCUCCUCUCUGUGAUCUCUGAGAGCCUUUCACAUUCCUUGAGGGUCAGUAGCAUGGGAAGGUCACCUGGGGUGGGCGCUAUCUCUCUGGGUUCUGGAUCGGAUCUGCUCUCGGAAGUGCGGUAGGAACAAAGGGAGGGGAGCUGACCUUCUGAUGGCCUGGGGCGAGCCCUACGAGAGAGGGACUGCUUGUCGAGGAAACAGAAAGAGGGGGCCGGUGGUAGGGGAGAGGACCGGAUUUGAAGAGGUUGGACAGUGCUUCCUGGUCAAGAGCCCCUCCUCCUCUGGUGCAGCAACUACAUGCUGUCUUCAAGGGGCAUUGAGUGCCAUCUUCUGGGUUCACUUUCCGAGGGGCGCCAUCAGGGACCUGAUCCUCGGGAAAAUUUGGCUGACACCACCAACCAACCAUGGGAAACGGCACGGGGGUGACAGAGUUCAUCCUCAUGGGGCUCACCGAUGACCCCCACCUGCAGGCUCUGCUCUUCCUCGUCCUCUUUCUCACCUACGCAGUGAGCAUCACCGGGAACUUGACCAUCGUCACUUUAACCCUGCUGGACUCCCACCUCCGCACUCCCAUGUACUUCUUCUUGCGCAGCUUCUCCUUGCUGGAGAUCGCCUUCACAUCCGCCUGCAUUCCCAGAUUCCUGGUCACCAUCGCCACCGGAGACAGAACCAUUUCCUUUUCCAACUGCUUCACUCAGCUGUUCUUCAUCAUCUUCCUGGCGGUGACGGAGUUCUUCCUCCUGGCCGCCAUGUCCUACGACCGCUAUGUUGCCAUCUGCCGGCCUCUGCACUAUACGACUGUCAUGAGCGGGGGUGUAUGCUCCCUGCUGGUCCUCUGCUCUUUUUUCUCCAGUUAUCUGAUCGUGUUCCCACCAGUUGUGAUGAUCGCCCAGCUAGACUUCUGCGCCUCCAACAUCCUCAACCACUUCAUCUGCGAUUCUUCCCCAAUGAUGGGGCUUUCCUGCGCAGACACCCGCUUCCUGGAGCUCAUGGCUUUCCUUUUGUCCUUGGGAACACUCCUCAUUACCUUGGUGCUAAUGACUGCAUCCUAUGCAGCCAUUGUCCGUGCCAUCCUAAGACUGCCCUCCUCCCAGCAGAGGAGAAAGGCCUUUUCCACCUGCUCCUCCCACAUGGUCGUGGUCUCCAUAACAUAUGGCAGUUGCAUCUUCAUGUACAUCAAGCCAUCUGCCAAGGACAGGGUGGAACUGACCAAGGGGGUGGCGGUGCUCAACACUUCUGUGGCCCCCAUGCUGAAUCCCUUCAUCUACACCCUGCGGAACGAGCAGGUCAAGCAGGCCUUCAGGGUCCUGGUGCACCGGAUUAGGUUUUCCUCCAGGAAGUGAGGGCUAUUCUGCAAUAAAGUGCCACAGGAAAAUC